AAGCGGGGUUGAAUUUGAAUUGACGUUGACGAAACAAAAAAAAACAAAACAAAACAAUCGAAAUUAGUCACCGAAAUUUUUGCCGCAUUAUUUAGUGUAAAAUGCACGGACGAUUGAAAGUGCGGACGAGCGCCGAGGAGGCGGCCCGCAAAAAGAAGGCGCAGCAGGAAAAGGUGAAGGUGUACCGGGCGGCGAUGAACGCGGUGCUGGCCAAGAAAGCGGCCAAUUCCUACGAUUCCGAGAUGAUGGAACUGACGACGGCUAUGCUCAGCAAUAAUCCCGAUAUCGCCACCCUCUGGAACCUCCGGAGAACGUGCAUCCUGCAGCGGAGGGACGAAAAUGCGGGCGAUGCGCCGGAUGUGCAGCAACUGUUCGAUAAAGAUCUGGAGUUUACCGAGCUGUGCCUGAGGGUGAACCCGAAAUCGUACUGUGCGUGGCAUCACCGGUGCUGGAUCUUGGAAAACGCUCCCUCGGCCAACUGGCAGCAGGAGGUGGAUCUCUGCACCAAAUACCUCAAACUGGAUGAGCGCAAUUUUCAUUGUUGGGACUAUCGCCGGUAUGUGGUGGCGAAGGCAGAAGUGCCACCGGAGAAGGAGCUGGCCUUCUGCACGGAAAAGAUCGAGAAAAACUUUUCCAACUACUCCUCCUGGCACUACCGCAGCCAGCUGCUACCGAUACUCUACCCGAACGUAGAUGAUCCGAGUCGGCCGAUCAGUGAGGAGAAGCUGAAGGAAGAACUGGAACUCGUGCUGACGGCUGCCUUUACCGAUCCAAGUGACAGCAGUGCCUGGUUCUAUCAGCGUUGGUUGCUCGGUUACGCUCAGCCGGAACUAGAUCUUGCCUCUUUCCGACUGGACUCGAAAGCACAGUUGGCUGUGAUUAGCUUCACGAAACCGAUACAGCUUACUGACGGAAGCUAUCAACUUUCCGUUUCCGGCUGUGAUUGUUGCAACGAAACCACCAAAUGGCGACCAUUUGGACAGAGCACGCAGGGCAACUAUGCUACGACGUGGGUGUUGCAGGACAACACCAUCCUGCUCGACGAUCAUCAUUCCAAAGACGCCAAAGUGACCUUCGUAGCCGCGAACGGUAGCAAGCAUGAACUGCUGCUGCAGAGACCUUCGCCGGAAGUUGCGGUCGGCGUGAAGAAACCAAAGUUUGGGUACGAGUUCGGAGCGGCCAUCGUGGAGGUGCUAAAAGCGCAGUUGAUUUCCUGCGAGGAGCUGUUGGAAUUCGAACCGGAUAGCAAGUGGACACUGCUGACCGCCGCCUUGCUCAUGAAAGCCAUCGAUCCACGGGCCCAUUAUGCGACUAUUCGGAGCCACUUGGCCAAGCUGGAGAGUGUCGAUUCGAUGCGGCAGGGUUAUUAUCGCGAUUUGGCUAGCAAAUGGGCCAUCGAGAGGCAGCUGGAGAGCUGGAUCGAGGCGGGUGAUCUGACGGCCGAGAUAGAUCUGUCUGGGUUGGAUCUGACCGUCGUUCAUUACGGUCCAUAUCUAGCCACAGCCAAUGGGCUCAAUCUGGCGCGUAAUCAGCUCACUGACCGUAAUUUAGGCGCUCUGCGGGAUGCCGUGUUUUGUAAAAGGUUAAAUUUAUCGGAUAACCCGAUACAAUCGGGAUCUACGCUUCCCAAUCUACCUCUUCUGGACGAUCUUUUGCUAGAGGGAAGUGAAGAUAUCCUUUCAAAUUUGCGGGCUAAAUUGAGCAUGCUUGCUGUUUAGAGGUUUUCACAUUCCGCGCUUCUGGACCAAGGGCUUUUUGCACAAAUAAAUCACAUUUUACUGCACAAAUCGAACGAGAAAUUCAAGA